GAUUGUAAAUUCAUCAUUUCAUCUCCAACAAUUCGAUCGAACAUUAAAAAAUAUGGGGUUUCCAAUUGGGUACACAGAGGUUUUUCUCCCAAAACUUCUGAUUCAUAUUCUAACAGUUUUGGGUUUCAUUCGCAAACUCAUUUCGUCCAUUUUCCGGUUCAUGGGUGUAGGAUAUUUUACAGAACCCGAUUUGUCACCCGACCCGACCCGACCGGAAGUGUUUAACAAUUUCCAAACAGUGUCUACUUUACUCAUCCGUGAGCUUCUUCCGGUUGUGAAGUAUUCAGAGGUGGAAGAUCCGCCGGAGAGUUGUGCUGUGUGUUUGUAUGAGUUUGAUUCCGGUGAUGAGGUCCGGCAGUUGAUGAAUUGCCGGCAUAUAUUUCACCGGUGUUGUUUGGACCGGUGGAUGGAUCAUAGUCAGAAGACUUGUCCACUUUGUCGGACAACGUUUGUACCUGAGGAUUUGCAGGAUUCGUUUAAUGAAAGGUUGUGGGCGGCGUCUGGUAUCGGCAAUUAUUACGGCGAGUCAUCGGAGAUUAGUGGAGUAGAGUGGGAUUAAAGUAUUUUGUUACAGUUAUUUUAUAUUUUAGUUUUAUUGAUGGCUACUGGUCUAGUAAAGAAAUAGUGAUGAUGGUAUUAUAUUGUGUAAAUAUGAUAUUUUUUCUACUGUCAAUUUAAAAGAGAACUAGUUUUUAAA